AUGCAACAACUACGGUACCCCGGACGGCCGGACGAGGAGGCCAUCCCUUCCCUGCGCGGCUUGGGUUCGAUCUUCGUCGGAGGAAGAUGGUACGUGGCGAUCAGGGUUCCCAAGAGCAUGCGCGCCAAGCGCGAGCUCCUCAAGCACGCGCCCAAGAUUGUUGAGAAAGGCAAGAAGAUGCUUAUCCUCUACGGUACAAAGACUAGUGCGGUUCUGAACUCUGUGCUGGCAGAUCUUUUCCACCCGAAGCGUGACCAUGCAGUGAAAUACACCAAGAAGAAAGACAGCAUCAUGCGAUUUGAGAGAGGGGGUGAAACUUCUCCCGAGUUCUUCUCCCUUGAGUCUGAGUGCAGUCUUUUAAUUAGUGGUAAGUUCCAUUAUUAUGGUUCUCAUUCAAAGAUGAGGCCCACCAAUCUUGUUUUGGGAAGGAUUUAUGAUCACCACAUAUACGACCUUACUGAGAACUACAAAUCCAUAGAAUCCUAUGUAUAUGUUAAGAAGUUGGCUCCUAAGCUUGGAACAAAGCCUUUCUUUGCCUUCAUCGGAGAGCAAUUUGAGAGUGUUGAAGAGCUGAAGAAUUCGAAAGAAAUGCUGGUUGAUCAUUUCAAUGGAGAGGUGGUAGAUAAUCUGAACCUUGUUGGCGUUGAUCGGAUAUUUGUCUGCAGAACUUCUUUUUUUUGA